UUUCUUCAACCAACCCAACAGAAAAGAACUGUACCAACAACGCACUCAAUUAAUUUAUUUAUUUUUAUUUCCCCAUAAAAGUAUCUUUUACGAGUCUACUUUGUUCAUUUGUGAAACGCGGAAAAACAGUCUAACAAAAGCGGCGCAAAAAUAGAAAGAAAGAAAUAACAAAAAAAAAACAGCCUUUUGCAAGAAGUGUUUAUAAAGAUAUAAAGUGCGUCAAUUAAACGUGAAAUAAAAGAAAGAUACAAUAAAAACAGAAAAUCAAUUUCAAAACAAACGGCAGUUAUUUAACGGAGACGGAGAUAUUAAGUGUAUAAAUCGUAACAUUUGAAUUGAUUUGAUUUGAUUCGAACGUGAUUGAUUUUUGUAUCACAUUUCCGCACAUCUCGCAGAUACGUAGUAAAGUGCGUAACCGAAAUUGAAAAGAAAACAAAGAUCAUAAAAAGGCAGUUCAGUGUGUAAAAAAAAGAAGAUUUUCUGGGAAAGCAUUUUACUGCCCUAGUUUUACAAAAGAAGGUCUAAUUUUGUGUUGUUAUCUUGAAAGAAAAUUUUAUAUCAAUAAAAAUAACUAUUUAAUCAAAAAUGGCUGAUGUGUCACAUGAACUCGGAGCAUUAAGAUUCGUGGUGGAAUCACCUCUAUCAUCAAAAGUUGCAAUGUUCAACAACGCUGUAUCAAAACACCAAGAAUCACAGCAUUUAAAUCCAUUCUCACAAACCGGUGGCCUUCCCAAACCAACUUUCAAGAAAGGCGAAUAUGGAAGACCUUUAGCUGGAAGCUUGACAGAACAACGUGGUCAAAAAGCCAACAUUCAUGUUCUAAAGGAAAUGCUUGAACUUUGCCAAAUCAUUGAUUCUGAAGGUUACAAUGUGAAGGAUGAACCUGAAAUGAAAGUCAUUCCAUUUGGGGAACUUUUUAACAUCUACACUUACAUUUCUGAUAAAGUUGUGGGAAUUUUACUACGUGCUCGAAAACACAAACUAGUAGAAUUUGAAGGAGAAGUUCUGUUUCAGCAUCGUGAUGAAGAUGUUCCCGUGUUCCUGUUGAAACCCAUUAAGGAAAUUCGUCAAAUUUUGACUGAUAAACAAGAGGAAAUUCGCCGCAGUGUGAGUCCCGCACCUCAGGCAACUUCUGUAAUCAUGGAUCAACAGAAAGUACGCCCAAGUCCAUCGCCAUCGCCAACACCCAAACCAAAGACAAGUUCCACUAAAAAGGCAAAGGAAGAAACUGAAGGUGCCAAGGUAGAAAUUGUUAAACCAAUCGCACAAAAAGCAAAUCCAAUCAUUAAUGUUGAGGAUCAAUCAAAACCUGAAGUUCAAAACAACAUUCAAGUCUUAACUGGUGAGGUCUUGCCUGCUUCAACUGUCCCCGAAACUAUAAUUACUCCUCCAACACCUACAGCAGAAACGGCUCCAGCUGCAGUAGUUGCAUUAUCACCGGCAACUUCUGUCGAAUCAACCUUUACAAUAGUCGAAGAAAAAACUGACGUCAAUAAUAACGAUGAAGCUCCUGCGAUAAUUGUUGCAAAUGAAGUAUCAGCAACUCAGAACCAAUCACCAGCUGAAACAACUUCAACCGCAACCCUUAAUACAGCAAACAUUUAAUUUAUAACUAAACCAUCUACUAAUUUUAAAUAUAGCUUUAAAAAAAAAAAAACAAA